AUCACGCUGUUGCUUUGCUGUAGGUCAACAUGGAGCUCAUGGGUAGCAGUUAUGACGGAGAUUAUAAUAAUGGAAGGAUGGAGGGGACAGGCGAAUACACAAUCCCCACUCACACCAGAUAUGUUGGAGAAAUGAAAGAUGGCAUGUUCCAUGGAAAAGGAGUGUUGCAUUUCCCCAAUGGAAGCAAAUAUGAAGGGACUUGGGAGAAAGGAAUAUGCAAAGAGGGAAAGUAUACAUUUUCUGAUGGCCUGAAGUAUAAAGAGACUGACUGGGAUUACUGUGAUGGCAAAGACAGGCGUUUCUACUCUGAGAGAUGUAAUGGCCUCAAACCAGCAGGGGAAUCCCAGUUAACCGAUCCAGACCCCCCGCGUGUUAUUCCUGAUGGAUGCUAUGACACUGGUGAUGGCUUUUAUGAUCCCAAUACAAGAGUCGUCAAAGGCUAUGAUGGCAAUUUUCUCAGGAAUGCAGAUGACCAAGAACACGAGUGGAUUGUGCUGAGCUGCAGGAAGAGCUUGGAUGAGUUCACUGGCUAUUGUCCAAGAGCAAGCACACUAGAAGAGAAGUGAGAAUACUCACACACAGACAGCCCAUUGUAUAUGGAUGACAUCUGAAUGACACAUUAAUGCAGCUUUGAGAUGCUGUUUUUUUCAGUACAGUUGAAUAAAUCAAAGCAGGUUUGUAAUGGAAAACGUAAAAUAAAAUGUGAGGUUGCUAAAAGUGAUAUAAGCAUAUCUAUAAACAACAGUUUAUAGAGAUAGUUCAUCCAAAAAAUAAACAUUUACUCACCCUCAAGUUGUUCCAAACUUUUAUUCAAAUAUUUAUUUUUUUUUUUAUAUUUGGCUGAACACGCACAAAUACAAUUUGAAGAUUGUUGACUUCUGUAAUAGGGAAAUAAAUACUAUUUAUGUCAAUAGGGAUAAACAACAGCUUGGUUAUACAAGUUUCUACAAAUAUCUUUUUUGUGUUCAACAGAAGAAUAAAACUUUUACUGGCUUGGAACAAUUGUUAAUUUUUGGAUGAAAUAUCCCUUCAACAAAUUAAUAGUUUCAUUAUUAUAUACAUUAUAUACUGAAAAAAAUAUGUCUGCAAAACUGUUGCAAACAAUUUAUUUGUGUUGAAUUUAAACAAACGAACCAAAUUUAAUAAAAUUCAACUUAAUUUGUUUGCUUAAAUUCAGCCCAAAUAAAUUGUUUACAGCCACUUAAUGUUAAAAAAAUUUGUAUAUCCAAGGAAUCAUCUCUGAACAAUUUUUUUCAGUGCACUUAAAAAAAUGUAUUGCUUGUUCAAACUACUUAUUACAAAUAAGCUGAAACAACACAACUCUUCAUAUUUCAUUAGGACAACUUAUUUUUUUAUGUUGUUUUUUAUGUUCAAUCCACAUAAAUUUGUUAAGUGUUAACUUAAUCAGUUUGUGUUGGGACAACAUGAGUGAAUUGUGUGGAAACCUGCAUUUUUACAGUAUAUUCCAAUGUUACAUGUUCAAUGUAUGUCCUUUGUGUUUUUAAUUAUUAAGCUCAAAAAAAAUGUUUGGUUGUGUAAGCCAUAAUGUUGGUAUUCUAAUAUAUUAACCAACCCAUUUGGGUU